AGGAAAAAGACUGGAGCACGGCUGCGGUUAGUUGGAGGAUGUACAGAAGAAAAAACAGAAAAAGGAGAAGAAAAUAAAAGAGGAAAACAUGGUUGAAAGCGAAGUGACGGACGAUGGCAGUAAGGAGAGGCAUCGUGAGCUACAGAGGACCACACACAAGACCCCUUCUGCCAGGAGAGAGAGAGAGAGGGCAAAGAACAGAGAGAGAGACAGAGGAGGAGAAAAAGAAGACGUCUUGGAAGACACUUGGAAGACACCCCCCCACCCCCUCCUCCCUCCCUUCCACACACACACACAUAAACACUUAUACAUACACCUCCCCUUCCCACCCAUCAGCAAGCUAUUUUUUACACCCCACAAGUAUCCUACCAUAAGAAAAAAAAACUUUUUUCCUCCUCAAUGGAAAGAAGAAAACCCUUCCAAAGAAACUCCAACAAACCAGUCAGAGAGCCCUCACUGCGCAGAAGAAGAUGGCCCAGAGGUCGCUGAAAGUGGUGCCGUCUAAGUUCUUAGGAGCUUUCUGGAAGCCGUUUUCUUCCAUCAAAACAGCAGAAAAUAAGAGGAAAUCUUUCGGUCAGAUUGCAGGGGACCGUUGGAGAGACACCGUCACGUGACCCCCGGUACCAAAUGGUCUUCCGGCAGAGGCUCUCAACAAGGACCGGAGCACAAGAAGACGCCGCCACUUCUUUCAGAAAUGCAGAAGACAACAUACUACGACAACUCCUCGACACUUUUCGGUGGCUACUCGUCCUACCAGGUGCAGGGGGCGGCAGCGGCAGCAGCAGCAGCCGCCAAUGGCUUUGGGGGCUACGAUGCCCCGGUCCCAGUGUCCCACCACCAGCCGGCCUUCCAGUCGGCGACCCAUCUGGAUGUGGAUUCGUACCAGCGCUCUGCCUGCUCUUUACAGUCGCUGGGCAGUAACAGCAGCCACCAGCAGCAGCAGCAGCUAGCCAAGACCAAGGAGCUGAAUGGCAGCUGCAUGCGGCCCAGCCUGCCGUCUGAGCACCACCCCGGCUCCCAGGUGUCCCCUCCAUUGCCCCCCAACCCCAGCAACGGUAAUACCGGGGCUCAGCAGCCGGGGGGCAGUGCUGGGGCCUCCUCAGUCUCUAAACCAGGCCCCACUAAGUCGUCUAAUUCUUCCUCCUCCAUAUCGUCCUCCACAUCAUCCUCCGCCUCCUCACUGCCCCCCAACCCGACCAUGGCAAAGCAGAUCUUUCCCUGGAUGAAAGAGAGUCGGCAGACGACCAAGCAGAAAAACUGUUCACCCAGCAACAACUCUGGCAACGCAUCAGGAGGAGCUGAGAGUGGUAGCAGCGGGGAGAAGAGCCCUACCGGUGGGUCGUCAGCGUCAUCUAAACGGGCUCGUACGGCGUACACCAGCGCCCAGCUGGUUGAGCUGGAGAAGGAGUUCCACUUCAACCGGUACCUGUGCCGGCCGCGCCGUGUGGAGAUGGCCAACCUGCUUAACCUGUCCGAACGCCAGAUCAAGAUCUGGUUCCAGAAUCUGCGUUCCAGAAGCCGCGGCAUGAAGUACAAGAAGGACCAGAAGUUGAAGGGCCUCGGUGAGUCCAGCUCGUAGGGCGGCUUCACCGACUGGCCUUCCCCAACCGCCUGGACCAUGCAGUCUCCCCAGGCUUCCUCAACUCCAAUGCACCCCAUGGGACGGGGAGAGGCAGGUCCAGGCUACGAGCGGUGCCGGCAAUCUCCGCCAUCCUUUGGCCAGGCCCACCAGGGAGUGUUUUACUCAUGUCGCACUGCCUACUCAAUUGUCCCCAUGAAGGGCUGGCCCCCCCAGCAGAAGUUAUGCGGGCCCCAGACCCGGACUACGGCCGACUCAUCCCCACCACGCGGCCUUAGGUGCAGGCCAUACAACGCUGGCGUAAUGGGAACUCCCACCAACAUGAGGGCCAGGUCAGUCUACGUGGGGGUUGGCAGCUAUGUGACCCUAGGCCUUGGCUCGGGCCCCCCUCUUAUGUAUGGGGGCACACGCCACCUCGGCCCCAUCGCCCACCCCAGCCACCAAACCAUGGACACAAUGGCGCGGGGCCCAUGUCGGCCGGCCAACCAGCACCACGUCCCGGGUCCCUGUGACCCGCCCACACACCCUACGUACACCGAGCUGUCGGCGCACCACACCUCGACUCAGGGCAGAAUCCAGGAAGCACCCAAGCUCACUCACCUGUAGCAGGUUUGGAACAAAAAUGACAACGUAGGAAAUAGUGAAGACGACACAGAACAAGUAACACGACGCGACUCACUAACAGACUAACUAACAUGUGGGGACUUUACUGCUGCAACGGGACGGCAGGAGAGACAGAACGAGACAGACAGGAGCCAUCCAGUGGUUUGUCCCGUGCUCUAUAGCCACAAAGGGGAACAAUCAGUGUUUGGUGUUGUCCAGCACCACCCUGUUUCCACUGCCUUCAUCAAGUGUAGUUCAUUUAAUUAAAAAAACAAAGGCUGUGCCUGUUACCAAGUAGCAGUGAUGGACCCAAACCAUUCAUGUCAAUAAAAGUACUGAAAUCAAUGAUAGUUGCCAAAAAUUCCAAGAAUUUUUUAAGCUGGGACCAAACUUACUAAUUUACUCUCCACUACUGAAAUCCUCAUUCAGGAGAACAGGAAACCAAAACAUUUAAACCUUUUAACAUUAAUCAGUUUGUUAACUUCCCAUAAAAAUGGUGGCUUGCUUAAUAAUCAGAGAUUUAUUUUUCAUUUUAGAACUCUUGGCUACUUUUACGCAUGCUUAUGAGUAAUUUACACUCUACUCUGAGUGUAUUUCUUGGUCCCUGGGCAGCGAAGCAUAUUGCAGGCGUGGGAGACGAGGUGUACAGUCCAAUUGUCUCCCACGUCCCCCUGGGGACAAUAAAUGUCAGGACACUCGUCUUGUGGCACUGGUGCAGAGACAUAUUGGCAGCUGUAUGGCAUAACAGGGUCUAUGGUGAGCACCAUUGUUUGGUCAGUAUUCAUUAGACUGAUAAUCUACUGCACAGUCAGUCUGAAAACUGCAACAUGGACUACUGUAUUCAAACAAAGCAGAUGUCAGAAGGCAAAAUGUCAGAUUUUGAUUAAGAAAACUUCUCAAGAGACCAAAAAAAAACUAAAAUGAAAAAAAAAUCUAUCAGUAUGAUAUGAUAUAUAUAUUUAAAUAAUUUAAAUAAUUGCAGCAUUAUUACACUGUCACAAAAGUCUUCCUCUGUGGAUUCCUAAUUCAUUAUUGGACUGCUAAGCUAUUUUUGCGUGGGCGGAGCAAAUUUGCAGCAGUAGCUCAGUUAGCAGUAGCAUGUUGUAAAAAAGAAAAGCCUGUAAUGGCUCUGUUAGAGCUAGUAUGUGCUUUAAAAUUGUUCUUUGAUAAUAAAAUCUCCCCCCUAAGACACACACAUAUACAAACAGCUCUCCCGCCUGGUAAAUGAAAUAGUUGAGAUUUUAAUGGGCAGUUAACGAGGUGGUUAGAUUUAUGACGCUGAGCUCUCUCCCCCUCCAGGCAACACAUGUUGUUGUCAGCCGAGCUGAGCUAUGUGGAGGGUUCUGCCUCUCCAUCAGCCGGAGAGAGAGCGAGAGAGAGAACAGAAAUAUAUGGCUGGAGCUGGCAGCACUCGUCUUCCUCUGUUCCCCUCGUUCCACGAAGCACAUAAAAACCACUGGACGGUCAUCUCUUCACUGUCUCUUUUUGCCUCAUGCCGUACCCGUCUCUGUCCGUCCAGACUGAAUCACUACUAACCCUCUGUCUCCUGUCUGUGGCAGCAGCACAUGGCUUCUGAAGGAGGCAAAAUUUCCCACAAUCCGCCACAGACCACCCCCCUCCCACCCCACACACACACACACACAUCCAUCACCACACAUGCACCACUCAGCACCCCUCCCAUCACUCUUAACAGGGUUUAAGAAGCUACAAGCUCAAAGGCUAAACUAGCUCCCAUAGACACACAUCUGUGCUAAGCUACAUUAGCUAAUCACUCCUUUACACACACACACACACAGCAAUGCUAAGCUAGCUUCCUUUCGUUGACACACAUCUACAGCCAGGUUACGCCAGCUGUUGACAUCUUCAAACAAACACAUGAGAGGACAUGGAAGAGAAAUUUUUAAUGUUCUUACUUUAGCACAUCAUCGACACAGGGUAAAUAAUAAGAGUGGAGAACUAUUUAUUUAUGUUUGGGUAAGUCAUUGCCCUCCUCUCUCUCUCUCUCUCUCUCUUCCCCCUCUCUCUCUCUCUCUCUCUAUCACUUUGGAAGGGUUCACUUUCAUUAGCGGACACCAAUGCGUAAAAGUCCACAUUUUAUAUUAUUUUCUUUUGUUCUCACAUAUCUUGACUUUUAACGUGGAUACAGGGUAUAUAUUUGAACAAAAAUGCAUGUCCCAGAAAUCUGAGCUGAUGUGUAUCACACAUUUUUGAAAACAACUGGGUUUAUUUGUUUGAACCGUCAGUGAGGGGAGUCUAGGAAAACACACACACGAGACCCUUACAGACUGUUUCAGCCAAACUGAAAACAAGCUGCGUGUGUGGCUGACCCCUGCUACACUCUCUGCUGUUCUGGAAAUAAACCUGUCAUAUGGUUUUUAAAAGUGCAGAUUUACACAAACUCGUUUCACAUCUGGGCAUCAUUGUUGCACUUAGAGUUUACAUUUUGAUGGUUAAAGGUAAAAAAUAAUAAUAAAAUCUUAUUUUGAAGACGGAAGGCCCUCCAAUCAAAGCGUCUUUCGCCAAUGUGUGUUCAAGUGAACAUUCAUAUAUAAAUAUUUAUUUGUUAUAGCCAGUUUAAAAAGACUUUCUGUUUUGUAUUAUUAUUAUUUAUCCUUCAUGUAUUUAUAUCGAGAAAAAAUACUGUACUUUUUUAGUAUUUACCUGUUAUGAAAGAAAAAAAAAACAACAUUGUGUUUCUUCUUGUCCAUUGUACUGAAGUUACAUUUUUUAGUUCUUGUAUUUUAGAAGAAAAUAAGUAGUUUUUAUGUUCCUAUAAUGACCCUUGUACAUAAAUGUCUUGGCUUGUACAGGGAAAAAGGCAAGGGUGGGGAUUGGUGACCCAUCCGUGCAUAGUCGGAAAAUUUAGACAAACUAUUAGCUGGAAAAAAGAACGAGUCUUUUUGGAAAAAAACAACUUCUUCCUUUGUCCUUUGUAGCUCCUUUUUCUUUCAUUGUUGAGAGAGUUGUCUGUCAAACAAUUCUUUAAUAAAAUGUUAUGUUAUUCAG